CUGCAUGCGAGCACAUUUUUUCGUCGCUCUGGCAGCGCAGCACGAAAUCAGCUGAUUUGCCGGCCUGCUUUUCGGCGAAUGUUUUCAUAACGCGGCUUCGCUUGAGUUUUGAUUUAAUCGAGUGAAGAUCAGAUCCCAGCCAUGUGGACAAGGACGCACUGCCUCUGGCGCAGUGUGGGGCGCGUGGGCCGCCAGCUGUGCGCCUCGAGUGUUGCGCAGGCGCGGAUUUUCGCGGAUCGCGAGAACCAGUUCGCCCACGGGAUCCUCAUGGAUUCCCUGAAACCCUACGCCAUACUGCGUCCCCGGGACUCCGCCUGGCAGGAUCUGCCCGUCACGGAGGGCUUCCUGCGGCCGUCACAGGGAGAAGCCAAUCCCGCCGAUCUGUACGCCGAUUUUCUCGGCCUGGUGAGGCACUGCAUCCGGCUGGAGCUGCAGAUUAGCGAUGCCCGCUACGACGACUUCAUCCGCUGCUUUUGCGACCAGCUGCAUCGCCUCUCGGACGAGCAGCUCGUGGGAUCGCUCAGCGCCUUGGCCGAGCUACCCACACCGGAGUCGACGAAAACCCACAACUACAUGGAGCUGUGGAACACCCUGGACAUCGAGUGCUGUCGGCGCAUCGAGCGUUGGUCCAGCGGGCAGCUGCUGCUCGCCAGCGAUGCCUGGUAUCGCCUGGGUCUGGUCAGGAUCGGGGAGUACGUGUGGCUGGCCCUCAAGAAGCUGGGCCGCAAGGUGCGCAAACUGCCGCCCGAGCAGCUGGUCCAGGCCAUGUUCCUGUGCAACCUGCUGCGCCGACCCGUCUUCGAGAUGUUCGACUUUGAGCUUAAUCUGGCCCGCUGUGUGGACCAGAUGACCCUGUCCGAGCUGGGCGUCAUGGCCAUGGGCUUCUUCAAGACGCAGACGCCCAUCAGAAACCCAGAGUUGCUGGCGCAAAUCUACCAGAGGCUGGGCAGCGAGCUGGACACCGUGGAGGACAUUCCCCUGGUGGCGCUGCUCAAGGUGCUGCGCUACAGCAGCAAACUGCCCCAAGUGGAGCCGCUGAAGGAGCUGCUCAGCGCCCUGGAGUCGCAAGUGCAGCGCGUUUCGCUGCUCACAUGCUUGCACAUGGCGCUGCUGGGCUGCGAACUGCAGACCUGCAAUGACUCCCUGGUGGAACGCAUCCUGCUGAGAUUCGAGCGCGAAUUGGACAGCGCCCGCUUAAAGGAUGUGGAGCGCAUCUGCCUGGUAAUGGCCCUGUUCAAUAUUACCACCGCGUCUGGCGUGGAUCGCCGUUUAGCCGACAGACUGCCCGAUCUACUGCGCCAGCGGAUGGAGGAGAUACUGCGCCAUCCUCGCUGCUUCAGCAACUGCCUGCAGUUCCUCACCAUGCGUGGCGUUUACGACGUGGAGCUGCUGGGCGUGGCGCUGGAGCCGCGCCUCGUGCAGCACGCCUACCGCAGCGGAUUGCCUGGACGGGAGUACUUCCACCUGGACGGCUUCGCUCGUCUCCUGGGUCCGGAGGAGUACAAGGGAGCACUGCUCACCGAUCGGCAGCGCCAGCAGAUGGGACGCCUCUACACGCAGUACAUCCCUAAGCGGGACGAACGCUACAAGCUGAGCAGCACUGAUCGCAUCCUGGUGGAGAUAAGGGAGGCUCUCUCCCUGAUCCACCGACCUGUGACCUUCAAGCACAUCCUGCCGCAGUACGAUCGAUGCGAUUUGGUGCUCUGCUACGACCACGGCCAGCAGAAGGCAGUGCCCCUGGACGCGGAGGCCUGUCAGGACUACAGCGGUGAGAUUCUCACCCGCAGGCACUUGCUGGGCGAGGCCAAGGCGGCGGAUGACCAGGUGGCCACUGUGGCCAUCGUUAUCGCCGGCUGGAACAACGUGAUCCGCGACAAGGAACGUUUCACAGGGCAAAUGCAAAUGAAGCUAAGGCAGCUGCAGCAGUUGGGACACCAGCCUGUGGUGAUCUACUGGCAUGAAUGGCGGGAGCUGGAAACCGCAGCGGACCGCCAGGACUUUCUUAGACGCCGUCUCAGCCAAGUGGCCAAGAUCUAGUCCAUCACAAUCAUGAUCUUCAGCAGGUGCCAAUAAAAUUCUAGCAGGAAUUAGACGAGAUAGACUGGAAAACCCUACUGCCAACACCCAGGGGAAUGAAAGACGGCUACAAGUUGGAUAUUAGUCAGUCAUUAGCAUUAUCUGAACAUUGUACAGGCACAACACUACGAUCUA